CGGUAUCGGCAACCUCGUGCAUUUGUUUGCCGGCAAUCUGACAGUGAGGUAGCUGCGCGUCCGCAAGGCGCGUAUCUUCGGAUUCAAAAAAUGGAAAACUUGGUAAAGACUCACAGAAUGUGAUAGUGCGCGAACUGAGUGAAAAUGAAGUGUUGGUGAAAAUGCCGUUCGUGCAGCGAGUUGUCGAGCCGAAAUUUUUGAGUCGGACGAGUCUCUGGGACGAAGAGGGCAAGCCUCUGGUCUCCGACGAUGAGCUGGAGGCCGUCACCAACAACACCCUGAGCAAUGCCUUGCGGCAACUCGCCUCCUUGGUGCUGAUCGCCGAUGACAUCUUCGCCGAACUGGGCAGUCAGCUCAAGGAGAUCAACAAGAGGUCCGAGGGUCUGAAGGCGAAGAUCGCGGCUGUGGAGGGAAAGGUGUCGGCGUUUGAUCCCAAGAAGGUUACAGUUCCUGAAAGUGAUAUUUGCACUUUCGCCCUACUCAAAAACCACUACGCUGCCAAAUGCAACCCCGAGACCGGGCUCUUCACUGCCAGCACGCGUCCCCGAGCGCUCCAAAGUCUCUAUGAAGCCGCCACAAAGACUCCGGUGCACCUCAUGCGCCAGCUGGAUAGAUGGCGUCGCGACGGUCAUCGGUCUUCACGCUUCUUCCUGUGCACGCCGGUGUUGGGCAACAAGAGACGGAAGAUCAGGAAUAAAGUGGACAUUGACAUUGAGACUCGCAUGCCUGCAGCCGUCCAAGAAUUGCGCAGAUGGACUUCAAGCGAAGCCCUCGGUGACAUAACAGUAACUCCUGAUUGUCCUAAUCGAAUUGCGCCCAAUUUCACUCUAACGGACGGCGAAGCAACGGAUGGAACUGCAGUUUCAGACGAUGAAGGCAUUGACCAUAAGCUGCCGUCGCCUGAGGAACAACUUCAAGUGGUCGCGCUCAAGUUCCCUGCUGAAAUCGUCGCGGUGGAUGUUUCAGGGAGGAGCUUUGAUCGAAUGUCGAUACAGAGAAGGUCGCUUUUGCACACCGACGCUAACGCGGCGAAAGCGGAAGAUCCCAGUUUGAAAAGAAGGACGAGAACUAGAAGACCGAGGACUAGGAGAAGGAACACGCUUGCAGGAACCGACCAGAAGGAGAUUAGAGACGCGCUGACUGCCGGGGAGGAGCCAUGCUCUUCAGCUAAUAAUCAUGAGACUGAAUCCACAACUAUCGGUGCUGUAAGUCGCAGUAAAAGCAGCGAUCUUUUACGUUCGUCAAACAAAAAAGACUCCCCCGACAAAAAAUCACACUUUAACACUCUCAAACAAUGGGGCAAGAACCGCUACGACCGCUUCAUGAACAAGAGUUCCGAAUCAAAAUCGGAAAAGAAAGACGACAUCGACGACUUCAACAUUUACGAAACCGUAACAAUGAAACGCAAACGCAACGUCGACAAAGACCGUCGCUCGCACGAACGCAACCCUUCGAUCUCCUCAUCGGAGAAAUCCAGCGUCAAUCUCCCCGUCUCAAGCCCCCUGUCUUCAGUGAUGAACAUCGCCGUGAAAUUACGCGAGAGUUCCGCUCAAAGACGGCAGCGAAGAUCCGGUGGCAGUAACAAAGACGAACCUCCGCAUUCCUCAAGUGGAAAUUGGAGCGCAAGCUCGGAAAGCGGCCGAGCUUCCAUUGGCUCCGAAUUCACAAGCACCACUCAGCCGAAAUCCACCACAUCGGCCGCAACAUCAAACAACUCUCUCAACCAACAAGCGCCCAAUUCUGCAAACAGCAGACGGCGAUUUGUUGCAAACACGUCAACCUCAAGCAGUAUUACGAGCGAAGGCACUCUCACGCCCGACAUUAUCCACGACCUGCACGAAGACGGCGAAACCAGCUCCGUCUAUUCGUGCGAUACGGAAGGUUACUACACGUCCUUCCACAUGGACAGCGGGCUCAAGACCCUCAAAGAGGAGGACCUCCCGUGCACUCCCUUACAUUCCACCUCCGCCUUUUCCUCCAGUUCGAACAACACAAUGACGGCGGAAAACGAAUACGAACUCUUCGGCAAAGGCUCCACCUCGACCACCACCAGCUCGGCUGGCACAGUCUGCACGACUUUGCGCGCCUCUGAGAGCAAUCGAUCCCUAAAUGGAUGUCCUGCAGUCCCCGAAAGAAAAAGCUCCUUAUCGAAACACUCCAAUAAGGAUAAUUCGCCGGAAAGUUCCCUCGAACGUGACGAAACUAGCGAAAAAACCGGAACCGUGAAACGAAGUCCGGCGACAAACAAGGCAAGUGUCGUCGCAAUGGUCCACAAACAAGUCAACGGGGACGUAUCCCCCGACAGUGGCCAUAACACCUCCAGCUCACCGAUCGAAUCAAUCAGCAGCCCCAACGGGGUCAGGAGUGGAUCAGAAUUCGAGUUUUCCGAAUCUUCCGACAUGGAAGGUCCCGAAAGAAUCGAAAGAAUCCGCAUAAAAACUACAAUUAAUUCGAGUAGAAUACCUUCGAUGUGUGUGAUUACACCGCCGCAUAGCGACGACGAAAGUAUCAAAAGCUACAAUUUGAAUAAUUUCAAUAAACGGAACUUGAUUGAUAGGAGGAAUGCAGACAGAAACAAGCUAGAUUUGAAUUUGAAAACAAGCGAGAACGAAGUGAAUUUGUUAAAAUCGAGCGACUCGGAUAAGGAGAAUUUUACAAUUCAAAGCCGGAUUAUUAACGGGACGAACAAAAUGCAAGUUAUUAAUGUUAAUCCCCAGUCGGGUUACGCCACGGUUGAAGUGGUCGAUGCCAACGAAAACAUAGACGUUAACAAAAGUAGUAAAGUUUUAAGAGCACCGUCACCCAGUGGCGGCACUGUCACUAUUAACGAAACACCGGGGAAAUCACCCCCGACACAACCAAUAAUCAAAGCGACUCUUCUUCCGUUUAAUAACAUGUUUGGAAGAAUUAAAACCAACUUAGCUAAUCUCACUCGACGCGAUAGCAAGUCGCCUAAUAGGAACAAUCAGGCAAUUAGUGAGGAGAUGGGUGACUCAGGCGAAUACGUAACACUAGCCGACGUUAAAAAUAACAAUGAGAAGAUUUUAACUCCGAAAACUGAAACACUUUAUGCGAACGAUAUUGUGCGAAAAAAUCUGAAAUUCAGUGGAGAGAAGAAAAGGGACACCGAAUACGUGUCUCUUGACGAGCUCCCUCGUAAUGAGGACCAAACCGCCGCUUCCGCGGACAAUACAAACGACUCUCUUGAGAGAAAGAGACGUCAAGGUGCACGUGUAACUCUAGACGCAGAGGGUAAAGUGGUCUACAGUUCGGACAGUCUCCGGAGGAGGAAAGGGGCCCAUACAACAUUCGAGCCCGGUCCAUUCGUAAAAACCACAGCUAGUCCCUCUCAAAGCCCGCUUCCCGUGCACCGGCUCCCCAAAUCAGUGCGUCCUCCCCAAGACUCGAGCCGUCCGCUGUCGCCCCAGCUGGGCAAGCUAGUGAUCCGGGCCGUUCCGGGGAUGACAUCGCCGACGACCGAGUUUAUCCGGAUCCCGCCCUCGACCAUCGUGGCCCCCAGCGUGCGCCCCACGUCCCCGAAGGCCGCCCGCGGGGCCUACGUCCACAUGCAAGACACCGGAAAGCCUGCUCAAGACAAAGACCGAGUACCUUCACCAUCUAGUUACCCAGUAAAUCAUCCAGCUCAAGAGAUGUAUUACAGAGGAACUAUUUUGGAUGAAAAUGUGGACAAAAGGAGUCAAUAUUAUUUCCAAAAGGGUGGUCCCAUGUACCAAACACUACCAUCAAAACGAACCCAAUUUUUCCAAUCAGAAAUCAAUCCCGAACGAUCUGUUACUCCAGACAUUACCAGGGGCCUGGAACGUAACCCGAAAACCACCUACAGCUCAUAUUCACGCCCCGACCAAAACUUGCUACACCAAAAAUUGGGAAUUCCAGUCAAAAUUCCCGACGUUAGCAACUUCAAACUACCAUCACAGAAAGUGCCUUUAUCGUAUCGACCUAUUGACAAUUAUCAAGAGAAGCCUAACUCAUAUUUCGCACACAUAUCACCCCAUAAAACCACCGAAGAUAGCACUGAUUCCAUCAAGAUUUCACCAAUUGAUCCUCGUAAUUCUGGCAAUUUCCAUUCUUCAACACCUUUAGCUAAAGAUUUGAAAGCCGCAGUCAAUUUAGAAAACAAGCUUCUUUCGCCCAAAAAAUCAACAAUGAGUAACGAGGAACUCUACGCCGUUAUCCACAAAAAUAAAAAGAAGAUGAACAUAAACACGGAGGAAAAUCGGGCUUCGCCCGUAAGCAGAGAAGUUGUUACAACUCCACCCCCGGUCAAAUCACCCGAAACCGGGUAUAUCGGGGACAAAACCCGCUCCAGACUCAGUUGGUCACCUUCCAAAGGCGAAUACGUUGAUUUUAAUUCAGACAUUGAUAAGUUAUCGCCCCCGAACGAGUCCCGCUCAAGGCAAAGCUGGGCUUGCAGUGACAGAAAAGGCGCAAGCCAAACAUCACGAUUAGAUUUUAAAAAACUGCUCUUACAAAAGAGCAACGUGCUCGCUAGUAACACCAAAAAAUUAUCAGCUGUCGAACAGCUGAAACUCUCCAAACAACAAAUCCAAAAAUCGCCACAACCCCCUCCGAUGAGUAUCCUCGAACUGAGCGGGUCCCCGCGGAGUCUUGUCAAUCGCAAAUUCGCGAACAACCGGCAAGACUCGCCACGAAGUACCCCCGAAAAGCCCAAACCGGCGCCCAAGUUAAUGUCCCCAAGGUCGCAGUGGAGAUUUGCCAAUCCGAGAACUGAUGUUCUCUCUUCUACAAUACUGGAAGAUUGUAGAGAAGACGAGAGCCCGAACAAUUCCAUGGAAAAGAAAAAAUCCUCACCGUCGACCAGUGAGAACAAGGGGACGCCGCAAACGUAUUCGUCCAUAUCUCAGAAGAUUCAAGCUCAAAGAGCACAGUUUUUCACUUCCGGAAUUACGGACGUUCAGUCCAAGUCAUUGAAGAAUAGUCAAUAUGAGGAUCAGCAAAGUAAGGAAAAAUGCUCAAUGCCGCCCACAUUAGAAACGGCAUUUUAAUCUUCGAUUAUUUAUUCUUUUUGUACAUACGUUUGUAUUUCUCAGCAUUUUCUUGUCUUAAUUUAUUUAUCACUGUCUAGUCGACACGCCAUUAGGUACAUACUUUUUAUAUAUUUUAUAUUUACAUGAUUCAAUUUCGUACUGUACAAACUUUUCCUGUAGAUAAUACGUAAUUUGUGAGGCUUUUCAAUGAAGCUUUUGUUGAUUCGAAUGACAUAAAUUAUUAUAAAUUUUAAUAUAUUGGAUUUGUAAAUAAAAGUUUUCUUUUCGUAA